AUGGCUGCAACCCUUGAACGCCAGCGUGACUAUGUGUUCACCCCACCCAGUGUGGAGGAACGUCUACGUCAAGCGGCCGGCCAAACAUUGGCAACGUGGGUCAUUGGCCAUGGGCCUAAGACUCCUGAGAAGGUGGUGAGCUGCCAGGGACUUCGUGAGAGGUACCUGGAGCCGCACCUAACGACUCAAAGUCAAUACAAGGCACGCCUUGACAUGCAAGCACGUGGUGCACCGGUUCCACCGAUCAAGGGUAUACCCAUUCUUCUGCUCGCAGGCAAAACAGUGAGCAAAGAAGACGAUGCCUUUGUUCACUGGGUGCACUAUGUGCGUCACCUCAGCAACAUUUUUGCUCUAAGGGCUAGUGCCCAUGCGGCGGAUGUGCGUCUCGAACGCAAGCUUCGGUAUGAUUAUGCCAAGCUUAAGGCCAGAGGCCAAUUGCGCAAGCGCACGCGCUAUGCUUCGGCUACUAAGGUAGCCGCGAGUGCUGAUCAGUCUGUGGCCAACAACCCGCCAACCCGCACCACUAGUGGUGGGUAA